AAUGUUAACUACAAAAAUAGCUUAACCUGAGAAAUAAGAUUCUACAUAUCCAAACAUUAUUUACUUAGUUGAAUAGCAUUAUGGUGUAAAAACAAUAAGUAUUCGGGAAUCCAAAGUAUCAUGUGAAAUUAAUUACUUUAGCUUAUGCAGAUUUAUUGGUAGAUUUCGAUGAUGAAUUUAUUAUAGAAUAAUAUUUCAGAAUAAUUGAGAGAUGGCUUAAAAGAGAUAAAGAAAUAUACUCUUGGGCACUUGAUUAUCUAAAACAUAAAACUCAAGAAUUAUUAUUAAAUGCCGAAACAUAAGAGAAAAGUAUGGUUAAUAAAUGUUUGGUAAAUUAAUUUUUUGAAGAAAACAAAUAAAGUGAAUAAGUUAUUAAAAUUAUUUAUAUUUACACAACUAUUAAUUAAUUAGGAUCAAAUUUUAGGACAUUUUAGAUUAAUUUGA